AUGGCUGAAUGUGUCGACCAUGUCAGCCCAUGGGUCAUGCUUGCGUUUGAAGAACUUCAUGAACUUUGGGCCAGUAUAGCCCAGAUUGCGAUAGCGAUCUACGUGCUGGCAUCAUACAUGACCUGGGCUUGUGUUGCCCCCGUCAUUGUUCCUAUAGGUCAGCAACUCCCUGAUACAUAUGUGACUGUUUCUCCGGCUAAUAAUCUGAUAGUACGCGUGGCUGUGACUGUGCCUGUCACACAGAGAAUCGGUUCCGCGCAGGGGACCUGGAAUGCCGCUGUUGAAAAGCGUGUCAAUGUGACUUCAGCUGUCCUUAGUAUUCUGAAAGAAGUCCGCAUCUUGGGCGUUGGUGGUUAUACCAGCAGCCUUCUGCAACGUCUACGAGUUGAAGACAUUACUCCAUCUACUCACUUUCGCUGA